CUAGUUUCUAGUUCUCUUGUUCCUCAAAUACAAGUCAUUCAAAUUCAGAAAACGGCUUCUAAUUUAAACACCUAUUAAUAAUUAAUAAUAUAUAAAAGAUUUCAAUUCUGAAUGAUGUGGAAGUUGGUGUUUAUUUGUGAUGUUUUUUAAGUGAUCAAGAGGAAUAGUUUCUCAGUGACGCAGUCACACCUACUGAAAGGUGUGGUUAGGUGGAGCAUGUUCAAGAAAAGGAGAUUACAUUGUUUUUGAAUGUACGUAAUAACCUGUGUGUAGAGAGAGGAAACACACUGAAAGUCAUGAACACACCACGAGAGCCACAGGACAUGGAAGGAGAGUCGGACAUAGACACAACAUCGGACUCGGAAUCUGAAUCAGAAUGGAAUCCUGAGAGCAGCACAGGAUCUGACAGUCUGAAUGAGAACGACCGCACAGAAGCAAAAAAAGGACAAAAACGGAAACUGAAAAAAACGUCUUCCCUUUGUACACCCAAGAAGAGUCAAGUCGAAGACUCCAGACAGUUGAGACAAAAAUUUGGAAACAAAUCUGAACUUCCUGUCACAUGUGGGGAUAAAAACGGCAUCCUGCAUGUGGAGAAAUAUAAUGACAAUCCAUCUUCAGUGGAGUGCAUCUUAAGUGAAGACCAGUGGUUCAAGCCCAACGAAUUUGAGAGGUUUGGAGGAAAAGGGAGAAGCAAAAAAUGGAAGACCACCAUCUUUUGUGAUAAAUAUUCACUCCAGAAAUUCAUAGAGGCUGGUCUUUUGUCUCCCCUUAAGAAAAGACGGAUUCAGAAUAAACAGAUUGAUUCUCCUGACCCCUCACCUGUUGCUGACAGACUCAGAAAUAGAAAGAGACAGCUGUUUCCCUCCUGCUCCGAAUCAAACACCAGUAACCAUGAUAACAAUGACAGUGCUGAUAAUGAUGAUAAAGAUAUCACUGACAUGACCAUGUUCGAAGUUCAGAUUCUACCUGUUACCUGUGGUUCUGGCUCCGGCAUCCUACACAAAAAUCGCUUUGCCACAGGGCGCUGUGGGAGAUGCAUAAGAACAGAAGACUUCUGGCUGACACCUGAGGAUUUCAUCAGACUAAACAAGCCAGAUGGAAUGUGGAGAAAAGACAUUUUAUCCAGUGGGAUACCUCUGGGGAAACUUAUAAUGAAAAGAGUUUUGGAACUGCAUAUGAUAACCUGCGAUUGUAGGCUCUGUGAAGACCUGGAUCAGGAUCUACUGAAUGAUGAUAUGUGUUACGUGUGUGAUUCUGAGGAAGAGCUUUUGUGCUGUGACGAGUGUCCACGAGCUUUUCAUUCACACUGUCACCUACCGGCUGUACAUAAGGACUCGCUUGGAAGCCAGUGGAGCUGCACUUUUUGUGUGAUGAAGAAGAUGGACGGUUCCAAUCAAAAGACCCUACAACACGUUUUGAGCAGUCCAGUCUCUCAGUACACACUGCACUGCCAGUACCUGCUGUUACACCUGCUACACGAGAGCAAGGUUCCAGGAUUCAGUGAGAACAUUUUUGAUCUGGGCAGAAUGAAGCUGAAGUUGGAGAAGAAUGAUUAUCAAACAUUACAGGAGUUUGUCACGGAUAUUGAACUGGUUUGCAACAACUGUUGCACCUCCAGUGAAGGCAGUAACUCGAGUAGAAUGACCUCCAAGCUGAAGGAAGUAUUCAAGAGGGAGUUUGAAACCAUCUUUAAGCUCCUAUAACCUCAUGCUGUGGGAUGUUUGUCAAUAUGUCAUUACUACUGAAGUGUUGCUAUGUCCACAUAUUAUAACUUAUAAUUUAUAUAUACCUUAUAAUUUAUAAGCGAUGGCUAUUAAGCAUAUUGAAGAAAGUCACAACUCUGGUAUGUUUAAAUACAUUAUUAACAACUAAUUGUUCAAUUUGGAAUUGAACAAGUGUAACAUUUUUGUAAAUGCAGUUGUUACAACCUGAAUUUUUAGCAGUUAAUUUGGUUGUAUAACAGUUUUCACUCCUGUAAUUUACUUAGAACAGGGUUAAGCACUAAAAGGUGAAUUGGCGAGCAAAUUUAGCUGCAGUGUGUACAUGGCCAAAGAAACACAAUGCCGAACAGAGCCAGCUAUGGACACUAAAUGUUCAAUAAACAUAAAUAAAUGUUCAAAUUAUAGUUGUUUCUUCUAAGCUGAGAUGGAAUGAAUUUCAACAUCAAAAGUUACACACUUCACAUUUAAGAUCUGAAUCUAACUACACAUUAUUGUUAUUAUAUUUUUGUUCACAUUUAUUGUUCUAUUGUUUUUUAUUCUUCUUUUAUUUAAACUUAAAUAAACUG